AUGUCUAAAACUCCAGACGCCAAUGCUCUCAAGAGCAUUCCGCCAGACCUUCUGUCGACUAUCCCAGGCGGUAAACCACCACCUGGGGUCACGCCGAAUUUCGAUGACCCGGUGUCUCAAGUACCAGUCAUUAUAGGAGUAGGGACAGCGUUCCUGGCUAUGGCUUGCUUCUGCUUCUUCAUUCGCAUGUACACUCGACUUGCCAUCUCGAAAACAUGGAAGUGGGAUGACUUGACAAUAUCCAUAGGUUUUCUAUUCAGUCUCGUAUAUUAUGCGGCGACGCUAAAUGGUUGUAUUAAUGGAAUUGCCGGACGUCACGAGUGGGAGGUGCACCUCGAUAAGCUCAUUGGAAACGCUCAUCUCUAUCAAAGCUACAUCACAGUUAUCACAGCAACGCCAGCACUAGGACUGAUCAAACUCAGCCUUUUCAUUCAAUACUACCUCUUAUUUAAAGUAAGGAGGUAUGUAAGAAUUAGCGUAUAUGUGGGGGCAACACUAUCUGGCCUUUUCUAUAUCGCUACCUCGAUCUCGUCUUUCGUGCUGAGCAGUCCAUGGCCGGGAGAGUCUAUCCUCGACUGUAUCCUCUCAUGGCACUACCUCAAGUUCGCCGAGUUCUCCAUUCCUACCGGCAUCAUUGGUUCGCUGGUUGACGUUGUCCUAUUUAUACUCCCAAUGCCCGCUGUAUGGCAGCUGCAGCUGUCAACUGCGAAGAAGAUUGGUAUCAUACUAGUGUUCAUGACUGGUGGCCUGUAA